UCCUAAGAAUUAACUGAUGCAGCGUUAAACUGGACAAAACCAGACACCGAGAUACGGAGAAAGUUAAUGAAAUGAUAGGACGAUUGCUUGAUCGGUAUCUCAAAGUAUACAUAUCAUGACCUUUAAACCUACGGCAUGAUCACCUCACUGGGUUUUAUUUCUCGUGGUAAGUAUAUAUUAAGUAAGCACGUGUCCGGUGGUGCACGAUUAGGGAAGGCGACAGCGCGCACCAAUAAUUUUUCUUGAUUCUGGAGGUCGUCGAAGCUGUCUCAGAUGUGACUUGUCCAAACGCAGCCUAUUGUGAACAGACAAACACAAAUGGCCAUGAGUGCAGAUGUAGAAAAGGGAAUGGAAAAAGUUGCUGUUGGUAGAAAGCGUGCACAUAAUGGUCGCCAGAUCAGCAAACUUUCUCUACAACCUGAAAUAAAUGUAGGUCCUGCACCAUACCACUACGAAUCGCUGGCAGUUCAAAAUCGUGAAGCCUGUGACUACUCAAUUCGCAUCUCUUUUGAAGAUGCAAAGAAGGGACUUGUGUCCCGGCCAGUGCGAGUGUAUGCAGAUGGCAUCUACGACAUGUUUCAUGCAGGACAUGCUCGACAGCUGAUGCAGGCCAAGAUGGCUUUUCCAAACACUUAUCUCAUCGUGGGAGUGUGCAGUGACGAGCUUACAAAUAAAAAGAAAGGAAGGACUGUAAUGAAUGAGUUUGAACGCUAUGAAGGUGUACGUCACUGUCGCUAUGUGGAUGAGGUUGUCGUUGAUGCACCUUGGACUUUGGACCUGGACUUCCUAACGUUGCACAAGAUCGAUUUUGUUGCUCAUGAUGAUCUUCCUUACACAACAGGCUCAGCGGAUGAUGUGUACAAGUUUGUCAAGGAACGUGGAAUGUUUUUGCCAACUGAACGAACAGAAGGGAUUUCAACCACAGAUGUCAUCACAAGAAUUAUUAAGGACUAUGAUGUCUAUGUGCGGCGUAACUUGGCCCGUGGCUAUUCACACAAAGACCUAAAUGUCAGCUAUAUGAAGGCCAAACGCAUCAAAAUCAAAGAAAACUAUACAAAGCUGGAAGAGAAAUUGAAAGACAAAGGCAAAGAGUUUAUUGCAUCAUGGAAAGAGUCAAUGGACCGUGGCAAUCUUCUCUUGCACAGAUGGGAGGAGAAGAGCAAGGAGUUUAUCGGCAAUUUUGUUGAUAUGUUUGGCAAGGAUGGAAAAUUGAACAAGUGGUUCACAGAGAAUACAAUGCGUAUUGGACGUGCUCUCUCCCCAUCAAGAAGCCCUCCUCGGAGUUCUUCACCUUCACCAACAGAUUUUGAAGAUAUUGAUGUAAGCCCUCCUGCCAAGAGAGGGCGCUAUUCUCCUGGACUGAGUGCUGAUGACUUCACUGAUGAUGAAGAUUAUCAAGAUGAUGGAAAGUAGAACUCGUCAUUCACAGUAUAGCUUAAUGUAAACCACAGCUAUGGGCCUUUUCUAGAGAAUGAUUUUGCAGCAAUAUUAAAAGGAAGCAAAACAUGUUAAUUUGUACUUUAGCAGGAGUAGAUGUCACUUGUUUGGGGUUCAGUCUGGUAGAAAGAGAAGAAUAAACUGACUGCUUCCACCAAAUUUUCAUGGGGCAUUAAUUAUCACCAUUUAAAGCAACCUCAAUGUGGGGGAAUGUUAUGUGGAGAUGUAUGUAAGUUCUGUGGGAUCCAGCUGUAAAAUUUGCUUGUAAAUGUCUAUUAUUUAUAUAAAACAGUAUUGGGAAAACAUGGCUUCACUCUUUUUUUAUUUUUAUUUUAUUUGCAUCAACCUUUAUUUCAA